AUGGAAAUAGUGAAUGAAGGUUGGGUAUUUAAGCAGUCGAAAUAUUUGAAGAGGUUAAGGAAAAGGUAUAUGAUACUAACAAAAAAUUUCAUUUGUUCCUUUAAGUCUCAGUAUUACCAGGGGGAGAGGCCAACAGAGAUAUUGUACCUUAACAAAUUUACCGAGUUAACUUCAAUGGAAGAUAUUAGAAAGAUAAAGUUGGUGGAAAACGAGUUAGAUCUAACCAACAUAUAUUUAUUUAACAUACGUUAUAACAACAGGAAGAUUUUGUUUGUGACCUUGGAUAAGGAUGAGAAAAACAAAUGGAUAAAGCAUAUCAGCAAGCAGAUGGUAAAACCUACGGUUUUAUUGAGCGAAUAA